AUGGAUCCCACCGAUCUCCACCAGGUGCCCUCCAUCAAGGAGUUGGCUGGGAUCUAUGUUGCGGAGAUCAAGCGGCAACAGGCCACAGGACCAUACACCCUGGGUGGCUAUUCGUUCGGUGGGGUGGUGGCCUUUGAGGCGGCGCGCCAGCUGCUGGAGGAAGGCGAUAUUAUAGAGCAAAUAAUACUAAUCGACUCAGCAACUCCGACCUUCGCCUACUCUAUGCCUUUCGAACUCAUACAAUUCUUGGAUGCUAUUGAUGCUAUAAAUAAUCGCGGCCAUGGGCCCGUGGGGGCCAGCACUUACUUCACCUUAGUCUGGGAGCAGCUGCGCCGGUACCGCGUGCGUCCGCUGCCAGGACCGACCAAGGGCGUCAUCCAGGACAUGGUGCUCUUCUCGGCGCGCGAGGGUGUAAAUAAACAGGACUUGGUCCCGCGGCCUCAGAUGCGGCGCGCUGAACAAAGUAUUGUGGAUUGGUUCUUGGAUGAUCGGACGGAUGAUAGUGCGCUGGGGUGGGAAGAAUUGCUGGAUAAUGUGAGAGUGGUUCGUACUGAGGGUAAUCACUUUUCUAUGAUGAUGACGCCGUGGGUAGAUUCAUGGGGUCCGAAAUUGGCAAAUGUCUUGGUUGGCUAG